AGUAACUUAACCCACGUGACCCCCCUCGUUCAUUCCGAGCCGCAACGAGAAGUACCAACCCGUUGAGCUAAUUCCAGCUGCCCAAAUACAGGAAGAUAAUGUCUAUCCCGGCAAAUCUAGUCCCCGACGACUGGACUACUGACCCCGAGGAGAUGGAGAAGGACUUCUAUUGGGGAGAAAAGGGCAGGGGUCGGUUGGCCGCAGCAUCUGUCGGCAUCACCAACCCGGAAGGUCUCAUGAUCAAAGACAGGGAAGCCGGAGGAGACGGCUACGUGUUCCAGGACGCAAAUGGGAUCUACAUGUGGAGUAUGCCCACGAAUGAGGUGUACAAGUACACCAAGCCUACAGGUCGCGAUGAUAUUCUAGCCGAGAUGCGUAAGCCCGCGGGUCGCGGAAAGGUGGAAAUGACAUUGAUGCCACGACGUUCUUAGCUUGAUGGAUGCUGGCUGCGUGAGUCUUGAUGGAGAUAAGACACAAAUAGCAGUGAUAGGACGCAAGAAACGGCUUGUCUUCGUAUUCCGUGACACACUGUUACUAUUCAUUCACCGGUCUUGUAGUACAUAUCACAAACGCA